GGCCGCCUUCCCCUCAGCGGGAAAUAGAGAUAAAGUCUAGAAUUGCGUAGCUUCAGAGGCGGCGUACCGAAGUCCAGAGCAGCUACUGCCAGAGAGCCGUGUCUCGUCUACAGUAUACUCGCCAGUCGGCCAGAUCUGUUCGCUGAAAGUCGCGCAAAAAGCCAAUUUCCUGGAUCGUCGUUCACACCUGAGACGAAGUGAUCGGACCAAUUCCGUGUCUCCAGCGACCCUCAGGACGUGUGUGUGGACCUAUCUCGUGUGAACCGCCCUCUAGCUAUCGGUCUUAGCGUAGGAAAGUGGCAGAAAAGCUUAAGUUUCCGUUGGAAAGUUAGAAUGUUAUAGAGUUGUUGCCGCCAGUGGUGACCAGCCGAUGCCAGAAGCUCCCUGGGAUGACAGACCCGCUCACCACGCAACUAUCGUCCGCAGGGACCGUACCUCCCUCCAAACGACCCAAGUUAGACUCCGUCGGAGACGGAACAGAUUUCUUCCUUGAAGAUCUUCCAGAUGAUCUUCUAGUUGCUAGUAUCGAUCUACCGGGCCUCGAUGGACCCGCAACCACUGAUCUCCCCGGUAUGGCUGGUGUCUCCCAGCCUCAACAGCUACCUGCUGGGCUCAACUCCACCCCACCACCGCCCAGCACCGCGCAGCCUCGAUCGUUGGCUCCCAGUGUCAGUCCGCUGGCCCAGCCGUUGUCGCAACAACAGUCUCCCGCGACUAGCGUCAGCCCCGUCGCAAAACCCACUCCUCCUCCGCAGUCAAACACUCUCGGAGGGGGUCCUCUUCUCAACAACAGCAUCGGUGGAGGUGGAGGACUGAGUACCUCAACUGCUGGUGCCCCUCUCAAUACCACUGUUGUGAGCACCUCCGCUGACCCCACUCCAGCUCUCCCAAACAUCAGCUCCACCUCUGCAACUGCCGUUCCUUACUCCAACAUGGCGACGUCCGUUUCUCCUGCAAUGGGCAACCCUCGAAUGCCGUCCGCUUCCUCCACACCUUUCUCUUACAAUUCGUACUCUGGAGGGAUGACCGUUUCUGCGGGAAUGAACUCGCAGGUGGCGAUGCAGCCUCAAGCGCCGGGAAUGGGAGGCUACCUGCGCCACCCCGGGUCCAGUCAGGUAAUGGGUGGACCUGUCAUGCAUGGACAGCAGAUGGUACACUCGCCCAAUAUGAUGACCCAACAACAACAUCGGCUGAUUAUGAGGCAGCGUCAAAUGAUGCACCCCGGGGUCCAUGGAGGGCCCAUGAUGAGUACCCACCCCCAGCAGAGUAUGGGGAUGCCCCAGCAGAUACACCACUCGCAAAUGGCGAUGCAUCGCGGAGCCGCGGCGCAGCAGAUGGGUCAAGGUGGGAUGACCAUGGGUGGAGGAGGAAUGAUGCAACCGGGAGCCAUGCACAUGAACCCCGGCAUGCACAUAUCGUACGAUCCCCGCACCCGAAUGACAAUGGUGGGGAAACCGGGAAUACAUCAUCGAAUGCCAAGCCCGCAGCAUGUUCAGCACCACCCUGGUAUGCACCACCCGAGACCCCAGAGCAUGAUUAUGGGGGGCCACCCCCACCAAUAUAUGGACCCCUCGGGGUACCAGGGUCACAUGCAGAGGGGUUACUCGAUGGUUCCGGCGCAAAACGCCGUCCUUCCUCCUCACUCGCACCACCAGAUGAUGGCUCCUCAUAUGAUGACUCAGCAACAACAGAUGCCCGUUUCCAAUCCUCAGCAGAGUCACCCCGCCCAACAGCCCCGCCCACCAUCCGAGGGUGUCGUCGGGCAAGGCAGCCCGUUGCCUGGGCAACUAGGAGGUCCUCAACUGCAGAUUGCCACGCCCCCUCAAUCACAAGCCACGCCCCCUUCGCAACAGACCACACCUCAGCAGCCUACUCCUGGGCAAUCCCCAGCCACGUCAAGACCUGCCACACCCCAGACACAACAGCAGCAGUUACAGCAACAUUUGAAUGCCCCGCCCACUUCCGCUGCUCUACAGAGGGGAAGUCCCGUUGCCACAGGGAGCAAUGCAACAACGAGCUCCCUCGCCGGCAGCCCCACCCCAAUCAGUCUCCGCCCCCCAACAGCAGCAAACUCCGCCCACCCAACAGUCUGUUGGGCAGACUCCACCCACUCAGAACUUUCAGCAAGCCACGCCCCCUCAGCCCCUCCCUCCGCAGUCGAGUGCAGGUCAACAGCCAAUGCCUGGCUCCCUCCCUUCUCUCCCCUCUGAUUACUUCAGUGGGAAGGGGGGAAUGCCUGGUCAGCAACCAACACAACAACAGAUGAUUGGCUCAUCCCCUCACGGACCAGGGGGUGGAGUCAACACUUUCGGAGCUCCACCCACCUCUGGAGGUAUAGGCGGGCCAGGAGGCGGAGGACUGGGCGGGGCAAACCAGCAGGCAGCGACUGACCCGGAGAAGAGGAAGCUGAUUCAGCAGCAGCUGGUUCUCCUGCUGCAUGCUCACAAGUGUCAGCGGAGAGAGAGGGAGCACUCGAUGGGUGGAAGUGAGUACCAGCCGUGCUCCCUGCCACACUGCCAGACCAUGAAGAAGGUGUUGGAUCACAUGACCGAGUGCCAGGCAGGCCGACAGUGCACAUAUGCUCACUGUGCGUCAUCGAGACAGAUCAUCUCUCAUUGGAAGAACUGCAGAAAGGCUGACUGCUCCGUCUGUCUGCCCCUCAGGAACACCGCAUUACCACAUAACCAGGUUAUGCGGCCGCCGGUCCCCCAGGGGGCAGUGAACCCUCAAUUCUCGCAGCCCCCCGGGGGCUCUCCUCAGAUGGCAACUUCGGUUCAGUCCCAGAGACCCCUGGGGCCCGGCGGGGCACCCCCAAAUCACACCAUACGACCCCAUGACCCCAUGAUGAUGGCUCCUGCUGGUAGACCUGCAGGUGUGGACUCUGUGUUUGAUCCAGGUAGUCUCGGGGACAUGGCUGGAAUAGACAUGACGUCGCAGUCCCGGGUCCCAUUCCCAGUCUCCAUUCCCACCAUUCCAAACCAGCAGACCCAGGCCUGGCACCAGAGCGUGCAGCCGGAACUAAGACAACACCUCGUCAGGAAAUUGGUGGAGACCAUCUUCCCCAUACAGAACCCGCAUGCCCUCCAGGACCAGCGAGUGAGCAGCCUCAUCCAGUACGCCAUGAAGGUGGAGAAGGCCAUGUUUGAGAUGGCCACCAGUCGCGAGGCCUACUACCAGCUACUGGCAGAGAAGAUAUACCGCAUCAGGAAGGAGCUGGAGGAGAGGAAGAAGAUGAGGAUGGAGAUGGAGAAACUGCGACGACCUAUGGGCGAAGGGAUGGCAGGAAUGGAUGGUCAUAUACCAAACGGAGGUGACGGACUGGGUCCAGGGUUCUUUGGGAGCAACCAGAGACACCAGAUGGCACCCUCUCCUUACUCACAAUCCCCCUUCCAUCCCGGACACACCAUGUCACCUGGAGCUCCAUCCAGUAUACCGGACGGGAAUCCCUCAAGUGUCCCGUCGGUGGAUUUCCUGACGGACGACAAGAAGGAGGGGAUUCUGGCCACCGGCUCGAAACCCUUCUCUCCCGCGUCUCUUCAAACAUCCUUACUGCCUGACCUGGACAAUGUCAAGUCAGAGGUGAAAUCUGAGAUGAAGUCCCCCGCCUCCAUUCGUCCUCCUUGGUCCCGCCCUGAGGCUCCGCCCACCAGCCAACCUGCCACGCCCUCCUCCGAGCAGAAACCGAUACUCUCAGUCCCACGUGCCCCCACUCCCAGGGAACCAAUUUCAAGUGUUAAAUCUCGGACGGGUGGAGAGAACCCCCCGGAUUCGGUCCCCCCCUCCCUGCCCCUCAGCGUUCCCCCUGCCACUCCCUCCAAAAUGGACACGGGCUACGUUCCUUCUUCGGGGAAGCAGAAGGUGGUCCCCGACCCCUCCCUCAAGAAAGCGUUUUCAAGAGACGAGUUGUUGGAGGCUCUGCUGCCUGUGCUGGACCUGGUGUACAAGCAGGAGCCUGAGGCUUGCCCAUUUUGGGAGCCUGUGGAUCCAACUCGGCUCGGCAUCCCCGAUUAUUUCGACAUCAUCAAGAACCCCAUGGACCUGAGAACAAUCAGAAAUAAACUGGAGGAGGGGCAUUACUCCAAUCCCUGGGAGUUCUGUAGUGACAUGAGACUCAUGUUUGACAACGCCUGGAUCUACAACAAGAAGACGUCCAGAGUCUACAAGUACUGCACGCGGCUGGUGGAGGUUUUUGAUGAGGGUAUCAACUCCGCCAUGGUUCAACUCGGAUACUGCUGUGGAGGCAGGCAUACGUUCCAUCCUCAAGUUCUGUACUGCUACGGGAAGUCCCUGUGUACAAUUGCUAGAGACAGUGUGUACUACAGCUACCAAAACAGGUACAUAUACUGCCAAAAGUGCUUCUCUGAGUUUCCGGGGGAUAUGGUUGCCGUGGGCGACGACCCCAUGAGCACCUCCGAGAUCGCCAAGUCCGUGUUCAAGGAGAAGAAAAACGAUCACGUGGACUAUGAACCAAUGAUACGGUGCAUCCACUGUGGGAGACAAUUCCACAGUAUAUGCGUCCUGCACCACGCUGCCAUCUGGUCUGAAGGCUACCAGUGUGACUCCUGUCUCAGACUAAAGGGCACGUCAAGAAGAGAAAACAAGUUCUGCGCCAGACGGCUGCCGACCAACAAGCUGUCGACAUUUCUGGAGGACAGGGUCAACGUGUUCCUGAGAAACUCAGACUCGGGGGCAGAGGUGUUCAUUCGCACAGUCUCCUCGUUUGACAAGGUCCUGGACACUCGGACACUCAUGAAGGACAGGUUCCAGGGUGACUUCCCCGAGCAGUUCCCGUACAGAACCAAAGCUCUGUUUGUGUUUGAAGAGAUCGACGGUGUCGAAGUCUGUUUCUUUGGUCUCCAUGUCCAGGAGUACGGCUCUGACUGUGCGGCCCCCAACACACGGAGAGUGUACAUCUCGUAUCUCGACAGCAUCCAUUUCUUCCACCCCAAACACCUCAGAACACUCGUCUACCACGAGAUACUCAUAGGAUAUCUACAGUUCUGCAAGCAGAACGGGUUCAUGACGGCCCACAUCUGGGCCUGUCCUCCGAGUGAGGGAGAUGACUACAUCUUCCACUGCCACCCCGUGGAGCAGAAGAUUCCCAAACCAAAGAGACUCGUGGAAUGGUACAGGAAGAUGCUGGACCGUGGCAAGGCCGACAACGUCGUCUACGACUACCGAGACAUAUUCAAGCACUGUACUGAUGAGUCGGUGACCAGUGUCACGGAGAUUCCCUACUUUGAGGGGGACUUCUGGCCCAACAUCAUAGAGGACACCAUCAAGGAACUGGACCAGGAGGCCCGAGAAAGAGAGGCUUCAGAGGCCGCCACUGUCGAGGGGAGGGGGAUGAAGAAGGCAGGGAAGAGAGGAACCAACAAGAAGGGGAGCAAGAAGACGAGCGGUGCCCGCAGCAAGUCAGGGAAGGCGAGUGGCGUAAUGAUGCGGGGAGACGACCUGUCUCAGAAGAUCUACACCACCAUGGACAAACACAAAGAGGUGUUCUUUGUGGUUCUCCUCCAGCCGCCAGCUGUCUGCAGUUCCCCCAUUGGUAGCACGGUGGACCCAGACCAACUCAUCCCGUGUGACCUGAUGGACGGGAGAGACGCCUUCCUCACAAUGGCCCGAGAGAGACACUGGGAGUUCUCCUCUCUCCGGCGGGCCAAGGCCUCCACGCAGGCCAUGCUCUAUGAGCUGCAUAACCAGGGAACCAGCUUCAUCUACUCCUGCAACAGCUGCGGUCGCAGUGUGGAGACCAGAUACCACUGCCGAGAGUGUGACGACUUUGACCUUUGUCUGGCGUGCUACGACACAACGAAACACGAACACCCGAUGGAGAGGUUGGGUCUGGGAAUGAUAGAUCCGGAGGACCAGGACCCGGCCGCGGAACAGGAUCCUCAGGCUAGAAGAAAUGCGUCGUUCCAAAGAGCGAUAGUGUCGCUGAUCCACGCGAGUCAGUGUCGCAACGUCCAGUGCAAGAUCCCCAGCUGCAUCAGGAUAAAGAGGGUCCUUCGUCACACGCAGCAGUGCCGCACGCGCAACACCAGCUCCAACUGCCACAUCUGCAAACAGUUCCUCUACCUCGUCUUCACCCACGCCAAGACCUGCAAAGACAACAACUGCCCUCUCGGAGGCAUAUGCAAGAAAAUCAAACAGAAUAUCCAGGAGACGAGAGCGCAAGAGCGUCGCCGUAGCAACCUCCUAAUGCAGCAGCGGAUACGCAACAUGCAGGGGAUGAGUGUGAGCAGCAGCAGCAGCAGCUCCAAUGGUUCCUCGGGUUCCCCUGCACCCUCCAACACGUCCCCACCUACCAACAAGGCCCCGCCUCCAACUCCGCCCCAGAAAGGCUCGCCGGCUGGACCUCGCUCUGUAGGGAAAGGGGGUCCGCGGACCCCCGCGGGGGAAAUUUCAGGGGGCAAGGGGGCGAAUUCGAAGAUGAUGGGUCCCACUGGAGGUGCAGCUUCAAAACCUGACAGACCGAUGCCUGCGCCAAACGUGACGGUGAACCAGAUGGGGAUGGGUGGAGAGGCAACCAUCCAGAAGAUUCCACAACAUUCCAUGAUGGAGCACGAGAUGCAGAACAACAUGAUGGUCAUGUACCGUCAGCGCCAGCAGCAGCAGGCAAAGAUGGAUAUGAUGUCGGACAUGGCAGCCCACCAGCCUCAGCCAGGGAUGUACGGGUCUCCAAGACCUCAGAUGAUGAUGGUGAACAUGAGGCCUUCUCCUCAGCAAGGGAGCUACUCUCAGGUGCAGCCACAGCUGAUGCGCGCUGCGCCUGCACAGCAGUACACUCCACAGAUGACAACUUACCGCACCAGUUCGUACCCUCAGUCUGUGCACCAUCACAUGAUGGGGCCUGCCGGAGGUCAGGUGUACUCGCAGCAGGCUCACCAGAGCCCUCAGCUGUCUCGCAUGCUUUCCCAGCGGCCCCCCACCGUCCAAACCUACGCGACCCCUCCAAACGCAUACUCGCAGAUGACCCAACCUGUGGGACCCCCUCCCCAGUAUGGCGUGGGGGUCCAUCCUCAGCAGCAGAGAGCUGUGUACUCUCACCACAUGCUCGGGCAUCAUCACCCCCAGCAAAUGCAGGGGCCCAUGUCGCAGGGGGUGGGCCUGCAAAUGCCAACUGGCCACGCCCACCAGUAUGGAGCCACGCCCCAUUCGCUACCGAUGGACCACGGCGUCCCCGGUGACCCCAAUUUGUGUACAACGGGACUCCACAGCAGACGUACCAGUUGAACACCAACAACAACAGCAGUAACAUAUCACAGGCAGCCUUUCUUACCCCUGCUGAGAGGCUCUCUUCACUAAGUGAACUCUUAUGAUCUCUCUCUCUCUCUCUCUCUCUUUCCCUCGCUUCAUACCCUCCCGUUGUAUAUAGCCAUUCCUUUCGAUCUCCAAAUUGUGACUCGAAGCCGUAGCCGUUUGCUUUGGCCCCUCUCCCCCUCUCCUCUCUCUCUCUCCUCUCUCUCUCCCUCUCUCCUCUCUCUCUCUUUGUUGGUUUCAGUCAAGUCUUCUUACUACUCUAAUCCACCGCCCCACCAUGCCGUCAAGGCCUCACCUUUUCCAAUGUCAUUACUGUUUUACCUCAAGAAUUUCGUGGAAGAACAUACCGUAUUCUCUCAACUCGCAUCUCACUAGCACCUUUUUUUGUGGCUGCUUCACUUGCAGCAAAUUUUCCUCACAUAUCCACAGAGAGUCCCAGCACUCUAUCAGUAAUUAUAUCAUACUACAUCCUGUAAAAAGCUCUGUCUUUAUAUUUCGCUGUUCACACGGCAUCAUUGUUGGAAUACAAAUUAUUUUCUUGUGCUCUGUGACAUAAUAAUUAUGGAACUUUUCAAUUAUUCAAUGAUUUUUCUUAAUCCACCAAUACAAACAUAGUGUAUGGUAGUAGUAGAGUGUGAUUUUGAGCGUGUGGGUGAAAACUUUCUAGCGUCCGAAAAAGAACUGGCUGCCAGGGGUAGGGAAAAUUGCUGAGUCAAAGGAGGAAGAGGCGGGAGGGAAGUCCAUGGUGGGGGAGGGAGAGGGGAAUUCCUCCGGAGGGCACUCGGCUGGAGAAGGAUCGGGGACAAAACCGGAGCACAUCAUGAAGUCGAAAUUGUCUGGGAAGAGAAAUGUCUCAAUGACGUGCAGGACUCCGUUGCUGGCGGAUACGACGUCGGCCUCAAUGAUUGCCACUUUGCAGCGUCCGAGCAGGAUCUCCCCCGUUUCCUCAUCCACCUGCACUCGAAUAAACUUGCCCAAGUUAGUGUAAAAG